UUUUUCCAGGAGGUAUAAGCUGUCUAGCUAGCCAGGCUAGCAAGCUUGAUUGGUUGCUUUACAGGUAAAUGUGAUACGCUAUAAAGUGCUCAUAAGUGCCAAUAACACAGAGUAUCUUCGCUGUCAGAAAUGUUCCACUGGCCAUUUUGAACUUUUCUUCAUUCCUACAUGCUCCCGUUUCUUGUCUGUGCAGGGUGGAGAGAGAGAGGCCGUAGCGGUGAUGCGCUGCUUGGUACGGAGCGCUUUCAAAACUCGUCAGCUGUUUGGCUCACGUGACUGCUCCAGCUAUGUGUCCCGGAUGAGGUACCUGAUGAGACUGAAGGAGGACGACGAGGCGUGUCUGAGAGCCCUUCAGUCUGGCAGUGUGCUGCUCUAUCACAAACUGGCACCGCUGCUGAGGCAGACGGAGAGAGGAAUGUACCAGCUACCUGCCCUCCAGGCCACAGAUGUAAAAGGAAUUCUGGGAAAGCUUGGGAAGGAUGAACAGCUGUUGAACAGCUCUGUCCUCAUUGGCUGCUCGGAUGAUAAUGUGCCACAGUUCUCCCUUGAUGUUGGGAGUCUGGAACAGGCCGCUGUGGAGGAGCUCUGUGGGGGCGUCUUCAUUGACCUGAGGAAGGCCUUUUUCCUACUGAAGGGGCCAGAAGCCCCUCUGGUGUCCAAGGGACAGGCCCUGCUUCGUUGGCACCAGACCCACGGCUUCUGCAGCACCACUGGGCAGCCCACUCAGCGGAACCAGGCUGGGAGCCAGCGUGUGUGUCUAGCAAACGGGGCUACCUACUACCCCCAGAUGGCGCCGGUGGUAAUAGUGCUGGUGUCUGACGGCAGGAGGUGCUUGUUGGCGCGACAGUCCGGCUUCCCUCGGGGGAUGUAUAGUGCAUUGGCAGGAUUCUGUGACAUAGGUGAGACUGUGGAGGAGACGCUAAGGAGGGAGGUGGCAGAGGAGGUGGGACUGGAGGUGGAGUCCCUGCAGUACUCUGGCUCCCAGCACUGGCCUUUUCCACAGAGCUCCUUCAUGGUGGCCUGUCAUGCCACCGUCAGCCCAGACAAUGGAGAGAUCAACUUGAAUGGGGCAGAGCUGGAGGAUGCACGAUGGUUCAGUCUCGAUGAAAUUGAAGAGGCUCUGCAGAGGAAGACACCCCCACGAAACCCAAGAGGAGAGCCCAGUGUAUUCUGGGUCCCCCCUAGCUAUGCGAUAGCCAAUAAACUCAUCCAGGAGUGGGCGAACCAGCAGAAGAAGUCAUAGCUAAAGGAGCAGAGUCUUGAGAAUUUAAUGCAGUCACAGUAUUAGAAGUAUGCUUGCUGGAAUGACCACACUUACUUCUCAAGGGAAGCAGCAUCCAGACUAUGUCUGGAUUGACAGGGGCAACAAACCCAUACAAGUGUCAUUCCAGACAGGUGGAGCUGUCCUGAAAUGGUUCAGAGAAGGGCACAUCUGUUCUAUAAAGUGACAGUCAAAGCAUUCCGUCACAUAUAGAUUGAGGGUUGUGACAUCAGAUUUCUACUUUUGGCUGUUUAAUAGUGUGUCACAGAUGUUCACAGAUGUACUUCCUGGUGUUGUAGUUGAAGAAAAUAUAGAUAUGUAAUUAACUAAGAAACACUGUCAGCAAAUUAUUAAAUUGAUCCUGUAGUGAUGCUUGCACCUCUUGGGGGUGUGGUCCUUAUUUCUGAUUUUCAUUUUAAUGGAAUUACAAUAUCCAGUUAUGUCUUGGAUGACCACGGGCCACAGGUUUCUAAAUAAAUAAUUACCUCAGUAAAGUGUCAGGUUUGAACUGAUAACCCUGAUGUGCUGUUCAGUGCCUCUACCUUGCCUUAUGUUUAAAACUACUGACACUGUAAUGUAGCAAGCAAACAUGAUUGUGUCACCCCUGGCUUGUUAGUUAAGGUGAAUUACUUGUGCUUUUAAUCUUACCAACUAUAACCACUUAAUAAACCUUUACA